UCCUCAGAAUGGACUUGGUCCUUCUCUGUGUGUUCCUGCCUCUAAUGACCGUGGCAUGGGGUCAAUACGGUGACUAUUACUAUGGUCCCUACAACUAUGGAGAUAAUGAUGAAUGGGUCAAUGUGUACAGGCAGGGUUUCAACUUCCAGUGCCCUCAUGGGCAGGUGAUUGUGGCCGUCAGGAGUGUUUUCAGCAAGAAGGAAGGUUCUGACAGACUAUGGAACUACGCCUGCAUGCCCGCGGCCCAGAGCCUCGGUGAGCCGACAGAGUGCUGGUGGGAAGAGAUCAACAGGGCAGGAACUGAAUGGUAUCAAACCUGCUCAAACAAUGGGCUGGUGGCUGGUUUCCAGAGUCAGUAUUUUCCAUCUGUGCUCGACCGUGAAUGGCAAUUUUACUGCUGUCGCUAUAGCCGGAGGUGUCCAUAUUCAUGCUGGUUAACAACAGAAUACCCAGGACACUAUGGAGAAGAUAUGGACAUGAUGAUGUACACUUAUGACUACUACAUCCGUGGGGCAACGACAACUUUCUCUGCUGUGGACAGGGAUCGUCAGUGGAAGUUCAUUGUCUGCAGGAUGACAGAGUAUGACUGCCCAUUUCAAAAUGUUUAAAAAGCUUGAGUGUACCACACUUGGAGAGCUUGGGCACACACAGGGUGGGAGUAAGGUCCGUGUUUACACAAGAAGGGUAAUUAGAGUCACAAAAGAUGUACCAAGUCUCAUCAGCUGUCCACUGAAGAUAUAAUUCUUCUCCCUAAUAAAGCUAAUAAAUUGCCAGCUCAUGUGCUUGCAACAGCAGUUUUGGGAGAUUCCUUCAAGCACUGGUAGUUGUACCCCCAAUUAAAGCUGCUUAUGAUGUACAUGUGUAUGAUUCACAAGUCUACAGCAUAUGCACAGUUACCUUCUGUAUCUCUCUAUGUAGCCCUUCUGAACACAUGCACCUUUCUUUCAGAUAGCAACUUUACAUUAAUUGCUUCCCAAAACUCUCACUCCAAAUGAGGUGGAAAUAGACUGUAAGUUUUCCAGCAUCCACCAGACUUCCCUUUCUUCUACUUUGUAUUUGGUCUACAGGCAUAGGGGAAUUCCAGAUAUUUACAACAUUGAAUGACAUCAGUACUUGAUUAAAAUGAGAGUAGAUCCAUCAAUAAAGACAGAAGCCUAACCCAACAGAACUCCGAGUCUUUUAUAUAAUCUUUAAGGCUUCUAAUGACAUAGCUGUCCAGGAGCUCUGUUCUGAGGCAGGUCAGAAUACAGUAGGUAUGUGCUUGUCAGAAGUUUACUUUUCAGGUGGACUGACUGGAAUUUCCACUACGCAUGCUCUUGAGAAUAUAUUCUUGGCUUAAAAUAGACAAAUAAAGCUAAUGACUUAGGUGACCUCA